AUGACAAGGAAAAAGAUAAGACUUGCAUGGGUGGAGAAUGAAAACUCAAGAGCAGUAAGUUUGAAGAAAAGAAGGUUAGGCUUAGUGAAAAAGGUAAGAGAACUAACCAUAUUGUGUGAUGUAAAGGCUUGUAUGAUCUUGUUCAGCCCAGAUGAGGUCGAACCAAUGGUGUGGCCAUCUGUUGCGGCGGCCCGUGAUCUCCUAGACGAAUUUUCUGCCUUACCGGACGUCGUGAAGAAGAAGAAAGAGACUAGUCUCGAGUCAUACCUCAAGGAGAAGACAAGGAAGAUUCAUGAGAAAUUGAAGAAGAGUCACAAGAAGAACACGGAGUAUGUGAUUAAUCAGCUGAUGAUGCAACUACGUCGUGGUCGGGAAAUUGCUGAUCUUGACUUGAGUGAGAUCUAUGGGUUGUUAUCUUUCUCAAAGGAUAAGAUCAUGCAUUUUAGAAAGAGGCUAAAUCUCGUGCAGCGUCCUCCUCUUCGCGAGCCACCGAUGUAUCCAUUUGAGGCGCAAUCCGAGGAGCUUAGGACUACCGCAAAUGAUAUUUUCACCAUAAGAGGCGGUCAAUACAAUGAGGGGGCUAUGAACAUUGAUGAAGCAGCCAAAAGGAUUAGCAUUGGCACUGUAAGGGAGAAUCAAAGUCAUUAUUUGAUGGAUCAAUGGAUUUUCCCAUCUUCUGAACCGCCUAUCCCUCAAGGCCACCAGCAAAUCGGGAUGGGAGUGGCAUCUUACAACGCAAAUCCAGUCACUACUAGAUGUUAUCUUGCGUACCAAGGAAGCAGUAGCAUCAGAAACCCUAAUUUGGAGAUGGAGCCGAUUGGUCCACCAGCGACGACCUUCCAUGGUUUGGUUGGGUCAGUCUCACAACCAUUACAGCUUAAUCAUAACAUGAACAAUAAUCCAAUCAUGGCUAUGAGUCAACCAAGGCAAUACCCUUUUGAUAGCAUGAGCCGUCAGCUCGGAGUGAAAGAGGAAGGGAGCAACAUUAACAAUGGAGAUUCACAAUUUCACUGGAGUAGCAACACGAUGACGACCAACGAUGGUCUCCAUCAAGAGCCACCACCACCGAAUGAAGCAACCGCCGGCGAAGGCAAUGUUGAUGCGACGUCGUUUGAUGUCAAUAGGGUUUGGCCGGGAAAUAACAGUCAUCAUUUCUAG